AUGGCCCGUCAGGAAUCUCAGACAGGUCCAGCUAUGAACGGGCCCACGAGCGGAGGAGGAGGUGUCGCCGCGAACACCACCGCGAGCAGCAGCAGCACCAAGACGAGGCGGUCUCACCGGAAAUCGCGAAACGGCUGCGCCGAGUGCAAGAGGCGGCACAUUCGCUGCGACGAGGGCAGACCCGCGUGCACCAACUGCACCAUUGCCGAGCGCGCGUGCUCGUUCCCGAAUGCCUCUCUGGGCCACCAUGGGACGGCAGCAGCUGCGCAGGCUGGACAGACGAUGGGGACCGGUGGUGCUUCACCAGCGGCGGCGGGCAGCAGCAUCAACGGCGGCGGCUCGCUGGAAGUGCCUUCUCCUCUGCAUCACUAUCCAGGCACGCACAGUCCGGCGAGGAGUAGCAGCAGCACGGGCUCAGGCCCCAGACCGAUGAGUGUCAUUGGCGAGGACGGCCUUCCGCCGUUACAUGCUGCUGGAGCCGGAGCUGGAGCUGCUGCUCCCCACCACCAACAUCAUGUUCCUUCUCAUGCGCCGCAUCACCAUCACCACCAGCAGCAGCAGCAACCGCAGCAGCCGCUGCCAACACAGGGACUUCCCCGACUCGUGCACCAGCAGAGUCUCCCGUCGUUCAACGAGUCGUUUGCCGAUGCCGCGCCGCCCGUCGCACCACGGUUGCACAAGGCCAGCAGCAGCAGCACUGGACCGCUGCCUGCGCCGCAACCACAGCCGCCGCAGCAACCGCAGCAGCAAUUACCGUCACCACAGUCGCAGGCCGGAAGCAGCAGCGGCGUCGGUCCCGGGGGUGGGAGCGGGAGCGGGAGCGGGAGCGGCAAUGGCAGUGGCAGCGGCAAUUUUGACGCCCAGCACAUGAUUCUCCUCCAUCAUGUCGAGACAAGGAUGCACUCGGACAUUCUGGGCGUGGGUCAGACGCCGACGGUAAUCGAGAUGGCGAUACGGAACGCCGUCGAGUGCCCGUACCUGAUCGACCAGCUGCUGGCGCUGUCGGCCAUGCACCUCGCCCACCAGCGUCCCGAGCACGCCGCCACAUUCCGGCACCAGGCCACGGAGCUGCAGACCCGGGGCAUCACCUACUUUGCCAAGGAGACGAAGCGGCUGACGACGUCGGAGGACAACUUUGCGGCGCCUCGCUUCCUCUACGCCACCCUGCUCAGCAUCCACAUGCUGGCGGACACGCUGGCCUACCACCGCGCCGACUUUGACGUCUUCAUCGACCGCUUCAUCGAGUGCAUGCACCUGCACCGCGGCAUCCUGUACAUUGUCCGCCCGCAGUUUGAGCAGCUCAUGCGGUCCGAGCUCGAGCCCAUCCUCGCCCUGACCCUGACGCAGCUGCCGCGCGACCCUCGCCGCGGCUCCGAGUGCGACCCCCUCCACGCCGUCCUCGACCGCUGCGCGCUGCCGCCGACGCACGCCGCCGUCUGCCGCGAGGCCAGCAGCAUGCUGCAGUGGGCGUUUGACCUCUCCGUCCGCCUGCCCUCCCCCGACGUGCCGCACGCCAUCUCCGGGUGGCACGUCGUGCUGCCCUCGGAGUUUGCGGACGUCCUGCGGGACAGGAGGCCCGAGGCGCUUGUCAUCCUCGCCUACUACGGCGUCCUGCUCCACCGCGCGCGACGGUACUGGAUCUGCGGGGGCAACGGGGCGGUCCUGAUCAGGGCGAUUGCGAGGCAGCUCGGGCCCGAGUGGGGGCCCGUCAUGAGGUGGCCGAUGGACGUGAUUGAUAGAGAGCGAGAUUGA